AUGCGGCCCGCCGAAUACACGAGCCGUCCGUACGUCCUCAAGACGGCGCGCGGGAGCCUGCGAGGGACGGAAUACUGCACGCCCUCAGGCGAACCGGUGGUGUAUCGAUUCGCCAGGGUCCCCUACGCCCUCCCUCCCGUCGGCGCACGACGAUGGCGCCGACCUCAACCUGUGCCGUCGGACUUUUCGUUCGACGACCACGCGGGACAACCGGGCGACUACACGCGCUUCGGGCCGGUGUGUCCUCAACCUCAGUACCCGCACGGGCAGGCCCUCGUGGACAACGCGGCGGCGGCGGCUCCGGUCGACAACGUCCAGGACGAAGACUGCCUGUACCUCAACAUCUGGGUCCCCGCCGGGCGCGCGCCGACGGACGCCGGCGGGUGGCCGGUCCAGUUCCACAUCCACGGCGGAUGGCUCCAGGUCGGGAACGCGAUGCAAGACCACACGCACGACCCGUUCGACCUGGUCAAGGACGUGGCGCCGCGGGUCAUCGUGUCGCCCACGUACCGGCUCAACCUGUUUGGGUUCCUGGGCGGCGCCGAGCUCGCGUCCCUGGGCGAAGAGGAGGCGCCGUCCAACUUUGGCCUCUGGGACCAGCGGUGCGCCCUCGAGUGGACGGCCAGGCACGUCGGCCUGUUCGGCGGCGACCCGGACAACAUCACCGUGGGAGGGCUCUCGGCCGGGGCGAACUCGACCUUCUUCCAGCUCAACUACGACAGCGCGCUCCCGGCGUCGCAGAGGCUCAUCAAGCGCGUCUACCUGUGGUCCAACGCCGUGGCGAUCCAGCCGAACCCGACGCCGUCGCCGGCGCUGACGUCGCAGUUCGACGAGCUGUGUUCGCUCUUCGACGUCCCCCGGUCCGCCACGGCGGCCGAGAAGGUGGCCCGUCUGCGCGCGGUUCCCUUCGGCGACCUCGUCGCCGCCAACACCAGGAUGAAGAUGCACACGUUCCGCUCCAGCACCGACGGCGCCUUCAUCCUCCCGACCUUCCUCUCGUCGCUGCACAACGGGGCCCUGACGACGCGCCUCGCGCGCAACGGGACCUCCGUCCUGCUCGGCGAGGUCAGGGACGAGAAGGAACUGUACAAGUUCGUCAACCCGCCCUCCGACUACGCGGGCCUCCUGCUGCAGCUGGCCAACUACUACCCGAAGCCGGUCCUCGAGGCGCUGUUGAACGUCUACGACCUGCCGCCGCGGGACUCGACCGACGCCGCCGCCUGGGCCGAGGUCUUCAGCCAGAUGGUCGCCGACAGCCAGGUGCACGCUUCGAUCCGCGGCCUCACGCACCUCCUGCUCAACCCGCCGCCGGGCAACCCCAACGUGAGGGCGCUCCCCCAGAGCAGCGUCCACAGGUACCGCAUCGCCUGGCGCGCCGAGAGCGUGGACAACUGGCUCAAGCCCGAAGUCGGCAUCUGCCACGGCGGCGACAUGCCGUUGUGGUGGGCCACGGCCUGGCGUCAGGAUUUCCAGGAAAAGGACAAGCUCGCCACCAAGAAGUUCCUGGCGCCCUUUACACAGUUCCUGCGCGGCGAGCACGUCAGCUGGGGCUGCACGGGCGAAGACCGAGUGCGCUUGCUAGAUACCGAUGGCGAGGUCAAGGAGAAUGUCAAGGACGACCUCUGGGAACGAGGCAUGCAGGUCUUCAAUACUGUCUGGGAAGCCCAGAAAGGGCCUGUGGCCAAGGACACGUCUUUGGAGAGCCGUUUGUAA